AUGGCAGGAGGGGCCGCGCUGCUCUACGCCACUGAGCAUGAGGAUCCGUCUGCCGGUCCAUCUCGGCUGAGAGGUGAUCAGAGAUCGAUAUCAGCUUUCGAAUUGGGACAACACAACCGGCACGAUAAUCUUUGGGUCGCGAUAGACGGGGAGGUCUGGGACGUGACGGAUUUCGUUCAAAGACAUCCCGGGGGAUCUCAAAUUCUGAUUGAUCACGCUGGGAAGGACGUGACAAAGCUGUUCAAGGGUAUACAUCCUGCCGGGACAUUGGAGCAGAAUCUUAGAGAAGAGCAAAGGAUGGGAAGAUUGGACGAAGAUGCCAUUGCCAAAUUUCGGACAAUGAACGGUGAUGAAGAAGAUAGGAUACGGAAAGCUAGAGAUUCGCUAUUGGGAAUCGACUCGAUUAUCGUCCUGGAUGACUUUGAAAAGUACGCAAGGCCUGUAUGUCCGGCAUCAGCUUGGGAUUACUACUCGACCGGAGUGGAGGGGGAAAACUCAAUGAAGGAGAAUUCAGCGAUCUACGAUCGAGUCUUCUUUCGACCGCGAGUCAUGCGCGACGUCAGCGAUGUCGAUACCUCUACCAAAGUCCUCGGCGUAUCGUCGUCCAUACCGCUUUACGUCUCACCAACAGCUCGGAAUGGACUAGUGCAGCCUAUGGGCGAGGUUGCAGUCACGAAAGGCGCCGCCGCGGGCGGUAUCCUGCAGGUCUUAUCACAUGUAGCGUCAAAGUCUCUCGAGGAGGUCAUGAAAGCUCGGAGCAAGGGUCAACAGGUCGCUUGGCAGAUGUACAUGAAACCUGAUCGUGAAGUGGCCGCAGCAGAGGUGAGGAAGGCAUAUGAGCUUGGCGCGCAAUCAAUAUGGCUCACAGUCGAUACCGUUGUGCUUGGCAAGCGGACACGAGAACGAUAUACGCAAGUCGAGAAGCAGCCUGCGCCUCAUGGCACAAAGCUCACUCGUGUGCCCUGCUCACGAGAAGCGCAAGCGCUCACCCGUCACAGCCGACACGACACGAAUCUGACCUGGGAAGACAUCCAGAUGAUCAAGAAGAAUGCCCCAGGCUUACCGGUCGUCCUGAAAGGUGUCGGAGCAUGGGAGGACGUCGUUCUCGCGCAACAAGCCGGCGCAGACGCAGUAGUCCUCUCGAAUCACGGUGGUCGUCAAUUGGAUUAUGCCAAUCCACCUCUCAAGACUUUGUACGAUCUCAACGAGAAUGCACCACAGUGCCUGAGACGACCAGACUUUCAAGUGUUCGUCGAUGGCGGUAUCCGACGUGGUACGGAUGUCCUCAAGGCUCUUUGCCUCGGAGCCAAUGCUGUCGGCUUGGGCAGACCUUUCAUCUAUGCUGCGGCGGGCUGGGGCCCAGACGGCGUAGAGAAAGCAAUCAUGAUCCUCAGAGAGGAGCUGGAAAUCUCCAUGAGACUACUCGGAGUAACGAACAUCGAUCAGCUUGGACCAGAAUAUCUCAACUGUUCAAGGAUAUAG